AUGAUCAUCCCCGUCCGCUGUUUCUCUUGCGGCAAGGUUGUCGGAGACCUCUGGGAGCGUUACCUUCAACUGCUCGAUGAGGGUAUUCCCGAUGGUGACGCCAUGGAUCAACUUGGGUGUAAGCGGUACUGUUGUCGCAGAAUGAUCAUGACUCAUGUCGAUUUGAUCGAGAAACUUUUACGGUAUAAUCCCACAGAGAGAGACCGGGCAAAAAACCAAAUAUGA